AUGCGACACUACGGCCUUGACGAUGGGUUUAACCAGUGUGCCAAGGCGAUUGAGACUUGGCUUUAUGAGAACCGAGGUACCACUCCGUCUUCGAUAGAGCGUUUUCGAGUCAUCGACGGGGACGAUGCUCCGAAGUCGCUCGUAUUUGUUUGCUACUGGGAUGACGAGCGGAAGUACGACGAGGGAAUCAGGAAAUUAAAUCUCCGUCACCUGUACAGACAGCUUGAUACACAGAAGCAGCAAUCAGUGGGUCUCUGGUGUGAGAGGUUCACCAGUGACAUCUCCCGUCUGGAGACAAACUACACUGGACUAGAUUAUCUCCCAGGUCUAGCUCGGAUACCAGGCACGAGCACCGUAGACCAUACAUAUACCGCGUAUUGGGGUGCUGCCCGGGACCGAAUCCCUGAUUCUGCCUUUGACCUCUUUGAACAGGAGAAGGACUCUGUGACAGCGGUCCCUCCGGAUCCAGUCCCGUCAUCCUUGGGAAAGUACCUGAUAGGUACCAACUACCACAACAUGGUACAUAUACGAUCGGGCCAGUUCUGGAAAAACUGCGACGAGGAUGAGAAACGUUCGUAUGAAGAAGGACUAGAGCCGACUCUCCGCGAGGGACUCUCCUAUUUAUGGAAGAAUCCGGUCGACUCUGGUUCCAUGGGACUGAGGUAUUUGCUCAAUGUUCCCAGUUCUUCUUCCCAGUCCGAAAAGACCUAUGAGUCCUGUGUGACGGGAUUCUUCCGAAGUCUUGCAGAUCUGGAAACCUGGGCAAAACGGCAUUCAUCGCACCUGGCAAUAUAUACUGGCGCUAUUAAACAUGCGAAGAAUUUUGGUGAUAAACGAAAGUUCCGCACUUGGCAUGAGGUUUCGGUAUUGAGGAGCGGUAGUGGGCAGUUUGAGUAUCUUAACUGUCUGCCGGAGACUGGGGUGAUAAAGAGAAUAUCUCUCACUAGUGUUAGUGAUUAG